UCGAGGUGGAGCCACACACACACACACACACACACACACCGAGAGAAACGAGUCUGAAGCGCUUUAAGAGGAGACGGGUGUUCACAUGCACGCGCUCGAGUGAUCUGGUUCACUGUAAUGAUCUGAUCUCAGUCCAGAUCUCUGCCUCAGACCUGUCCUGAGAGUGUCCCAGAGCACAUCGUCCUGAAGAAGAGUGUGUGUGUGUGUUGUGCUGAAGCUCUGAAGAGGAUCCCGGUCUUCCUGCAGACUUUCUCUCAUGGUGGAAGACAGAAACAUGGGUGGGAAAGGAGGACGGACACCAUCAUGCCUCCUGCCUCUUCUGCUGGUGUCCAGCAUGUCUUUUGUGAGAGCCGAGUACUCGAGCUGUGGAGAAACUGAGUUUUACAAUCACACAAUCAGCAGUUGCCAACCGUGCCCACAAUGCCAACCGGGACAAGAGCCCUACAUGAGCUGUGGUUACGGCACGAAGGACGAGGAGUAUUCCUGCGUGGCGUGUCCGGCGGGGAAGUUCUCCAAAGGGAAGUAUGAGAUCUGCCGGCGACACAAGGACUGCGACUCGCUGUACCGGGCCACGGUGCUGACCACGGGGACGCUGGAGAGCGACGCUGAGUGCGGGCCGUGUUUACCGGGGUACUACAUACUGGAAAACAGGCCACGAAACAUCUACGGCAUGGUGUGUCAUUCCUGUCAAAACGCUCCACGCAACAUCAAAGAGUGCCUGCGAUCCACACCACCAUCAUCGGGUCAAGCUCCCAGUGUGCCGUCCAGCAGCACCACUGUAUUCCAGCAGCCGGAGAAAGAUCCAACAGGACAAGGUCAUCUAGCAACGGCCCUCAUCAUCGCAAUGUCCACCAUCUUCAUCAUGGCCAUCGCUAUAGUGAUGAUCAUUAUGUUCUACAUCCUGAAGGCCAAACCCAGCGGACAAGCAUGCUGCUCCGGACAAAUAAUAAAGACUGUGGAAGCCCAAACAAACAAGCAAGAGGAGAAGAAAGAGGUUCAAGAAAACGUUGUGAUCUUUGCAGAGAAGGAUGAAUUUGAUAAGCUCAAGCCUUCAUCUCCAAAACCAGUGAAGAGUGAGAACGACGCGUCGUCUGAGAACGAGCAGCUCUUGAGUCGCAGCAUCGACAGCGACGAGGAACAAGCGCAGGACAAGCAGGGAGCCGCUGAUCUGUGCCUUCUGUCUCUGGUGCAUCUGACACGAGACAAAACCUGCUCCACACACACCAUCAACAACAACUGCAGCAGAGCCACCGGGAUUCACAGCAGGAGGAAAAAGAUCCUGGACUUGUACACUAAAGCCUGCAGUGUUGCGGAGGGUCUGAGCCCGACGGAGCUGCCGUUCGACUGUCUGGAGCGCACCAGCCGGAUGCUGAGCUCCACCUACAGCGCAGAUAAAGCGGUGGUGAAGACAUGGCGGCACCUGGCGGAGAGCUUCGGGCUGAAGCGGGACGAGAUCGGGGGCAUGAGUGACGGCAUGCAGCUCUUCGACCGCGUCAGCACCGCGGGUUACAGCAUCCCGGACCUGCUGACCCGCCUCGUGCAGAUCCAGCGGCUGGACGCCGUCGAGACCCUGUGCUCAGACAUCCUCGGGGGCCCGGAGAACAGCGGCCCUGCAUCAGGACACCAUCACACACUGACGUCCCGCUGCGCUAGUGUCUGACACACACACAGUCACAC